AUGAAAGCGACUCCAUUACCACCAGGCUGUCGCGACCUCUAUCGCGCCAGCAACAAGGGGAACGUUGGGAAAGUGAGGCGAAUCCUGUCUAUGGGGGUUGUCAAUGUCAACUGUAGAGUGGUGCGCACGACACCGCUGAUGACGGCAGCACGCUCGGGACAGACAGAAGUAGUGAAGUUCCUUGUUAGUAAAGGAGCUGACGUGUCACUGAUUGACCUUCACCGUAACAACAGCCUUCACCUCGCCUGUGCGUCAGGGAACGUGCAUACGGUGAUGUUUGUCCUGUCUCUCAGCGUGGUGGACAUCGACGCCAAGAACGUCUUCGGGCGAACAGCAGCCAUGCUGGCGAGAUACGGAAGACAUCAGCGAGUGGUGGAUCUCCUGGAGUCCCACGGAGCUCAGUGA